CUAUUUGGUUUUAAAUUGAAAAGUUAACACUGUUGGCAUGUCUUUGGUGUCGUACUCGCGUAAAAUCAUCGUCAUUUGGUAUUUUCGUAGAAAUGCGCUGGGUAUUCAUGAACUGAUUUUAAAUUAAAACUUCCAAAGUAAUUCGGUAACGCGAUUGAAUCAAAAUUGUGAAAAAAAUUUGUCAAAGGAUUAGUAAAUAAAAAAGUUAAACGUGUUGAAAAUACCUAAAUUUGGAUAAAAUGUGCGAAUAGCAACCGAUAAGAAAAUUUCAAAGAGAAGAAACAAGGUUAAAAAGGUGUAGAAGUCGAGUGGGGGAAAAAUAUAAAGGAGAAUAAAAAGUCUUAAACAAAAGAAGGAAAUAGGUGUAUUGAAGAAAAACAGUGAUAAUUCCAAUUUCAGCUGCCGGGGAAAGUUUGCAUGAGUUCCUAAAAUUCAGGUUGACCAAGAGAAGGUUUUCGGGCAAGUAUUGCAGUUUUAUCUAAUGCAACGUGUGGUGUGCGAAAUAGUGAGAAAUAUACAAAGGGGCACGGCCCCAAAAUCUGGGUGUUCUGUAAGCAUUUGCGUUAAUUGGCAACUAAGAAUAAGUGAAAAGAGUAAAAAAGGAAUUCCGUCAUAGGCUUAUUAGCGCAUAUUUGAUUUAAAGGGAGUUUUUAAUAAAUUAUCUAUAAUUGUUUUAAAGGAAUAAGUGAAAAGACAAAAUAAUCAAACACUGGAUUAUUAAAAACAUUUGUUAAUUAUGGACGAAGACGACAAUACAUCGAGUGGUGGCGAUAUAAAUAACGAAGAAGUUUCCCGUAUGCGAGUUGCUGGUGGAAGCGCAAGAAGUAAUAAUGUUUCAAACGUUGAAACCAUCACAACAGAAGAAGAUGAAUUAGAUGAUGUGGAUAUUUCGAUGGUAGUUAAUUUACCAUCGAGCGUCUCUGUUGGUGCAUCAGUCAAUGCAGAUUCGCGAGCCCAGUCUACUCAUGUAACCGUGGACGCUAUCCCUUCCGUGCGAAGUGCAAUGGAUUUUCCUGAUUGGGAAUCAGUGGCCGCAACAGAGACUGAUGAGGACUUGUUGACAGACGCUUCAUCAAAUACUUCAAACUCGGCCACCGCCUCAGCAGUUAGGUCUGGCAGUACAGGUGGUGCUAAGCCAAGCUUCUUCUUUGGUACAUCAACUUCUUUUAGCUUAAGAAGCCGAAAAGAAGUGGCAGCAUUAAUAAAUGCAGAGUGUUGUCGCAGCGACAAUACACCUGAAUUGGAUGCAGUCAUGGACAAACUUUUUAAUCCUGGCACACCUAUCGAUAAUGCAGACAAUAUUGAAUGGAUUCGUUGGUUGAUAGCAGGUGGUCGUACACCUCAAGAAUUCGUUAAAAUUGUUCGCAGUUAUGAUAACCAUGCAAAAUGCGGUUUAGUUUGGGUUCCACAUGUUGUGGCGUAUCGCUGUCGUACGUGCGGUAUUUCUCCAUGCAUGUCUAUUUGCCGAGACUGUUUCAAGAAAGGAGAUCACACCAAUCAUGACUUCAAUAUGUUUUUGUCACAGGCCGGUGGUGCCUGUGACUGCGGCGAUACAUCUGUGAUGAAAGCAGAGGGAUUUUGUAGUGACCAUGGUAUUAAUAACCGAGCUAACAAAGAGCCUGUGCCACCAAAUUUACUGGCUGUUGCAAGGGCAAUAAUGCCCAAAUUACUGUUCAGAUUGCUGCAACACUUUCGAGAACACAGUGAUGCAACAUCACAAACUUAUAAUUUGGCGGCAUUUUCAUGCGAAGAAUUUACGAAUAUGUUGAUCGAUCUAAACAAUAUGGGCGAAAUAAUGCGUAAAGUAAUGACUCGGGCACUUAUAAAUGCUGAUGUUUAUAAGUUUUUUACCGAAUCUCCUUGUUUGGAUACCCGACAUGGCCGUUUUUUGAAGUCGAAUCGUGAAAAGUAUGAAGAUGCUGUGAACCGCUUUCCACGUCCCGAACCUCCUGACGAUUAUAAGCAUCUUCCAGCCUUGGGAGAAAAACUGGUGCAUUCAACUCUUUUAGAAGAAUUUAUUUUUUGGACAUUUAAAUUUGAAUUUCCUCAAAAUUUGGUGUGCUUUUUGCUUAAUAUGCUGCCCGACCAAGACUAUAAGGAACAUCUUACUCGCACGUUCGUCAUGCACUACAGCCGUAUUCCGUCCGUUUUGGAAAUGUCACGUGACCCAGACACACUUAGUAAUCGGGUUGUACAUAUGAGCGUCCAACUAUUUUCAAAUGAAAGUUUAGCCUUGAAAAUGGUUAAAGAAUUAUCUUUACUACAUGUUAUGAUAAUAAGUCUUAAACUAAUGAUGUCAAAAAUUCUUAUACAAAAUACUCUACAUGAUCCCAACAAAAACUUUCACUUUGUAAUUGAUUGUACCCGGCAAGUGAUGAAAGACCAUUGUUAUUGGCCCCUGGUGUCCGACUUCAAUAAUGUGCUUUCUCAUGAAUCAGUAGCGCUGGUAUUCUUACGAGAUGAUAAUCUAAUUGAUAUGUGGUUUCAGUUUCUUUCAAUGCUGCAAGGCAUGAAUGUAAAUGUUAGAGAGACAACAUCGCAUGUGGAAUUCGAGCCUAAUUCAUACUAUGCAGCAUUCUCAUGCGAAUUAGAAGCAAGUGCUUAUCCAAUGUGGUCGAUAAUAUCACAUCUACAAGAUGGAACACAUGCACAUCUGGCUAAAAAGAUAAUAACGUACUGUGUUAACACUCUACACGAAUGGUUGGAUGCUAUUUACUUCUUGGAACCAAAACUGUCUCCGGAUGAAAUGAUGCAGGCGUCUUUCCAUUUUCCACUACAUCGCUACUUGGCUGCGUUUCUUUGCCAAGCCGUUACCAAAAUGGGAAUGUCACUAUCGGAAGUUCUACCAACUAGGUCAUAUAUAUUACCACUCCUCAUGAUACAUCCUCUACGAGUUCAGAGUUUCUUCUAUGAGAUAUUGGCUGGAAAAUGGGUGCGGAAUGGCCUACAAAUCAAAGGUCAGGCUAUGACUUAUAUACAGGCGAAUUUUUGCAAUUCCAUGGCCGAUAUGGACUUGUUCUUUUUGCAAAUCUGCGCUACUAAUUUGCCACAAUACUUCUUCCUGCAGAACACAAUUGAACUCUUUGGUGUUGGCCAGUGGUUAGAGUUGGCACCACUGAAACUGCCUCAAAAGAUGGAGCAAUGCUCAAUGCUAGAGGGAUUUCUAACAUUUUUAGCAACGCUCGUUACUAGUCGUACGAAUCUCGGCAAUGACGAAGCUACACAGUGUAUCAUUGAGAUAAGCGCAUUGCUGGCAACUGAAAAUAAGACACAUUCACAGCUGUUGGAACUGAUGCCGGAAAGAUCUGGGAAUGUACAUACGAAAAACUUUGAGAAAUUUCUUAAAAAACUCUCCGUUUACAAGGCACCAUCUUCCGGUUCAGAGAACUUGGAACAAGGCCUUUUUACCCCAAUUGAUGAUGUGUGGGAAGAGUACUACGAUCCGUUGCAUGUACUAUUACGUGCGGUGCAUCGUCGGGACUUUCAGUCGUCCUUGGAUCGUUUCACAAACUACGUCAAGAGUAAGAAUAAAAUGCCAGCUAGUGGUAAUUUGUGGCCACCAUUUCGGUUGCCGCGUAAAGUGGGCUCGGCAUUUAGUGAUCCAUGUCGCAUUUUGAGCUCCCGAGUAUUUCACUCCACCGUACUGUCAAUUUUAUUUCGAGCCGUACACUCACGCGACGUGUCUGAGCACUUGCUGGCUUUGGCGAUAUUUCUCCUGGAAGUUGCUGUUGAGAAGAGCGAAGAUACAAACAGCCUUGGAAGUGACAAGGCUGCCGUCGUAGAGUGCGAGCCCAAGAACAAACAUGGCUAUCCAUUUACAAUGCGGCGCGACCCACCAAAACUCUUCCAUUGUUAUCCAACAGAUAAUCUUAGUUGUAAUUUACGAUAUGUCGUUUCAAAACUCUCGCUGAAAUCUCAUGAACCGCAGGUUUCGCCAGCGAGCUAUCGCUCCAAUCAAUUUUACGGUGAUUUAGAUUACGACGUGGAGGCUGAUGCGACGACUGCUCUACCUAUGAUCGGCGGCAGUGAUGACGAUUUAGAUGAUGACUCAACGAGCGUCAGUAUGGCCACCGGAACUUCGACGGCGAUGGUGCGCAUGCAGAAUAUGGAGGUGGCCUUACCACCAGAUCUGUCAGUAGUACCAGAGCAGGCUUUGGUGAUUCGACAAGAUAGUCAAGAAGACGAUGCGUCGCGUGAGGCUGAUAAUGCAAUAGAAGGUGCCUCACCAUCAGGAGGUUUCUUCUCCUUGCGGCCGAUAACAUUGCCUGAGAGUGGCAUGGAAGUGGCUAUACGAAGAGAACUACAAUUAUUGGCUGGUGGCAGCGUUACACCCGGUGGAGGUGCAGGUAGUGGUGGGGUUGGUGGUGGUGCAAGUGGCUCGGGGAGCGGUGCCUUGAGACGGACUACAGAAGCUCAACAGAAUCCACAGCAACAAAAUGAGAUGUUUUCACCUACCACCAAUAAUCCUCCUGGUAUGUUGCUGCCAUUUCAACGAGUACAAGCUGUGGCUAUACCAGUCGGUAGUCGGAGCGUGGUGCCCGCUAUAAUGCGCGGCGGAUUAGGAGUGAGUGGACGUCGACCUUUCGACUCGGGUGCAAGAAAACGCACUACACAGUUGGUGGAUAAUGCAAUUGGUGGACAAAACAAAGACGAAUUGCCCAUCGAGGAAAGUAUACUUUCGUUGCUUUUAAAAUUGCAUUCACAACUAAGUGGCACCUUGGACAGUUUCUCCUUAAGCGAUAUUGAUGAUGAGGAGGAGGAGGAGGAGGAAGAAGAAUAUACGGCAGACAAAAUGCAAGCUUCGGAUGCAGACACGACAAAAGGAAUACGCAGAAAUAUGGAAAUGGAAACGCAAACAGAAACGGAAAUGAGAGCCGCGAUUUCAUCUUCGGCAGGUACUUCAAGUACAGGGCGCACUUGGAGGGCGGAGGAUAAUACACCACAUGACCUUGCACACUCCCCCUCCGCCAUGGAUGUAGACUGCUCCGAGGCAAGCACAUCGACAGCUGCUUCUAAUUACAACUUAGAUUCUAGUCAACGGGAACACAUCUACAACAGAACGGGUAGAAAGCGAAAUCGUAAUUAUAGAAAGAUAAGAGUGUCCGAUUCUCGUAUAGGCGAUGGUCCUUACUUUAUUGGGAACCUAAUAAGGAAAAUAGCUAAACGUGAUGAGCUGUGUGCCCAAAAUAUUGACGAAAUACGUUCUCGGUUAUGGCCAAAUCAACGCGAAAAACAGGCUGAACAAAAGGCACGAGAAACUAGAGAAAAGGAAGAACGCCGAAAACGAGCUCGUGAGCGGCAAAUGAAGAUGAUGCAAGAUUUUGCAAAUAAACAAAAGGAGUUUAUGCAAACAGCUGCUCAUAAUAUGGAGUGCGGCAUAGAUGAUGAGGACGAUGAUAUUUUCGAAGAGCAGCCGCGAGAAAAAGAAUAUGAUUGUAUCAUCUGUAACUGCACGACGCCCAGUACAGAAGCGAAUCCCAUAGGCUUAGUGGUAUUGGUAGAAUCCAGCGGUAUUGUUGGGCAUCGUCGUCGUACUGUUGAAAGGUUGCCAAUGCCACUUUCUCCCGAAGAUGAGGAGCGUUUGAAGCAGAUAACACGCUUAGCAAUUGAAUUCAAUCGACGCACUGAACUGCUAAGUUUGAAGUUUGGGGAAGAGUCGUGGUACCUCUCCAAUAAUAUGUCCUACGAAAAUGGGGUACACGUACAAUCUUGUGGCCACCAUGUUCAUCUCAGCUGCCUCGAUGCAUAUUUGAAAACAUUGUACGCCACACAACGCCAACAUCAACAUGAACGGGGAGAGUUUUAUUGCCCUGUUUGCAGGCAACUCUCUAACUCGGUACUUCCGUUGAGUCCUCAAUUGGACAGACCAACGCCCAUGGUACGUUCGGGUACGCAGCCUUUCGAGCAGCUUGUUGCUGAAUUAACGAAUCUUAUCAAAGAAAACGUGAGGCCAACGACGUCAACGAAACUGUCGGAAGCCAUGGGCCGAGCUAUGGAGGACAUGACAAAUAUAACUCAUCGGAAAAUGAAACGUGUUCCACCCACACUGCGCAGUCUAUUUGUCUUUGUAACAUCGAUAGCACGUACAAAUUUGGAGUCAGAGAUUAUACAGCGUGGUGGUUCACUAUGCACCACAAAUUCAACACGUUACAAACCGAAGCGUGACUGCAUCGUGCCUUUGUUGCAUGUUUUAUCUGUACAUGUUCGAGUGUUGGUGGAAUGGCCUUUAUGGCGAUCGUGGGCCUCACUAGCUGGUUUGCCAGUUACUGAUUCUGCGCCAGUACCUUCGCAUUGUCUCGAACUGAUACCCAGUCUCUUGGCAGACCCAAUUGCAUUGCUGUUAAAAUUCAUUUUACUAGCACCGUUACAUUUGGAUCAAGAUUUCUUUACAUGCAUGGUUAAGGUUAUGUACAAUCUAUUGUACUAUCAAAUAGUAGUCCAACUAUGCAUUACACUCACAGAUUUAGAAUGUGAUUAUAUAAUAGCCAAAUACAACAAAUCUCCUACGAUGGAUGAAGCUGAUACCGGCGCACGACGAUGCACAACUCGUACCGGUGGUAGCGGAUCAUCAAAUAUGCCAUAUUUGGGUAGAGCUAUGGCGUUAGUAUUGAAUCAUACAAACCGUAUGUCACAUUUGCGUCGCGAGAGUAUACCGAGCACUUCCACAGCCGCAGCUGCUGCUAUGUCUGGUUGUGGAGCAUUAAACACAUUUUCUAACCUUGGGAACACAUCGAGUAGUACCGGAAGUGGAGUAGAAGCGGGCCCGCCUAAGUCACAGGUCGAAGUUAAUCUAAAAUCCAUGGAAGCUCAACUGCAAACACUCUGCCUCCCAUUUUUACGUAUUGCAGCAUUGUUGCGGCAACAUCUUUAUAGGCAUGACAUGCCAGAAAUAUCCGCGCCAGGCUUAGAGUUCGUACGACUCAUUUAUUACUUAGAACUAGUAACAGAUUCAAUGGACUGGGACUGUUUUAAUGCCUCCAAGGGAUUGUGCUUCUUUGCUGGCACUGAACUAACAUUGCCUAAAUUUUGGUGUGAACAGCUGAUGGAUAUUCGCCCGCCAACAGACACAGUGCGUGAGCUCGUCAUAUUAAAUCAGCAUGCAUCAUGGCAGCAACCGAAACUUCUUGAGUUGCCACGCGAAUACGAGCGUUUAUUUACGUAUUACCACGAACGUCCAUGUCUGAAUUGUUAUAAAGUGCCAAAAGAGAGUUCGAUUUGCUUAUUAUGUGGCACGAUUGUGUGCCUUAAGCAAACAUGCUGUGCAGAAAAUGAUUGUUGUGAGGCUGUACGCCACACAAUCACCUGUGGUGGAGGAAUCGGAAUAUUUCUUGUAGUCACGUCCACAUAUAUAAUAGUUAUUCGGGGACGGCGUGCUUGUCUGUGGGGUUCGUUGUAUUUGGACGAUUUCGAUGAAGAAGACCGAGAUUUAAAGCGUGGAAAGCCCCUUUAUCUCAGUCAGGACCGUUUUGACCUGUUGGAAUCGCAAUGGCUUUCACAUAAAUUUGCGCACACGAAACAUACAUGGGUAUUUCAUCGGGAUUUAUUGUGAAAUAUGGAAGAACUAUUAAGAAGUAUACAAGAGUUAGUAGGUCAAAUCUAAUCUAUAUAACUAUCUAUCUAACUGCAAAAAAAUUAACGAAAUACGUAUAUUAUGGACAAUGUUCAAAUCUCAUUUAAAAUAUAGCUAAACGAGUUUAUGAAAUGCUUUGCAAACAUUUAAAUACGGCAAAUAGAUGCUUUGCUGAUAUAUAUGUAUUAAUAAGCUAUCUAAAUUUCAGUUGUAUAUCUCGCAGCUUGUUUACGUUUACAAAUAACGUAGCUAAUUAAACAAAAAUAAAUAGAAAAAAUGCAAAUGCUAAUCGGCUCAAUGUCGAUAUGUAAUACAUCAAUACCGUGUGUGUAUAAUAAAUAAGCAAAAAUCAAAAGUUAGCGUAGGAAUUAAAUUGCAUCCAACUACAAAACUUGUACAGGAUAUACAAAUAUUGCUGAAGUGUUCUUUAUAACGAUAUUAUUAAAACUUACCAAUUGAUUUUAAGUAGAAUUUCAAAAAUUUUAGCGUCAUAUAUUAGAAAAAAAUAUUACACAAUAUAUAUGCGCACAGAACGGAUGCCUCGUUUCUUACCAUCAAUACACUCGUGCUUUAGAAUAUAGCAAUAAUAAUCCCGUCUUUGGUGUAGUGUGUCUAAGACGUACACACAGUGAAAACUUAUGCUAAUACUUCUGAAAAUAAUAUUAAAGUUAAUUGAAAGCAUUAUAAAAAUAUUAUUAAAGUUGUAAGACCUAUAUAUGUAUUUAUAAUAUUCAUUUAUGUGAUAUAUAUAAUAAUAAUAGAACGUUUAAAAGUGAAAGAAAACUAAACAUAUUUGAAUAUUCAGAGAGACUUAUAUUUUCUUUUUUAUAAUUUAUUCAAAUUGCAUUCGAAAUAAUAUACUAAACAAAAUCGAAUUGAAUAAAUGGGUGACCCUUGAAUUGAUUGAAGGUUGGCCCCUACAUAACUAUAA